UGGGCGGGGCGCCGCGCUGACGUUGCCCGGGAUGCGGGCAGGUUCCGCCGCCGCCACCGCCGCCGCCACCGCCGCCUCCGCCUCGCCUGCCACCGGGGUUUGUAUGAAAACACCGGGCGGCGGGCGGCGAGAAUUCCGCCGUGCUCCCAGAGAGCAGCCGCCGGCGCUGCGGAUGCCGAGCUGGUGCCGCGGCUCUGCCCAGUCCCGCCAGCGCCCCAUCCUGAGCCGAUUAUCUGCAAUGAUGAAAUGAAGUAACUCAAGAUGAGCAAGUUAAAAGUGGUAUCAGAGAAGAGCCUUACCAACAAUUCACGGAUCGUGGGACUCCUGGCUCAGCUGGAGAAGAUCAAUACUGAAUCUGCAGAAUCAGAUACUGCCCGAUAUGUUACAUCAAAAAUUCUUCAUCUGGCCCAAAGUCAAGAAAAGACAAGGAGAGAAAUGACAGCCAAAGGUUCUACAGGAAUGGAAGUUCUGCUGUCAACCCUAGAGAACACGAAAGAUCUUCAAACUACACUUAAUAUCUUAAGCAUUCUUGUUGAGCUGGUGUCAGCUGGUGGAGGUCGAAGAGCGAGUUUCUUGGUCGCCAAAGGUGGUUCACAAAUAUUGUUGCAGUUACUUACGAAUGCUAGCAAAGAAUCUCCCCAGAAUGAGGAGUUAAUGGUGCAGAUUCAUUCUAUUCUUGCAAAGAUUGGACCAAAAGACAAAAAAUUUGGAGUGAAAGCUAGAAUUAAUGGAGCUCUGAAUAUAACUCUGAAUUUGGUCAAACAGAAUUUGCAGAAUCAUCGCUUGGUUUUGCCUUGUCUUCAGCUUUUACGAGUAUAUUCUGCCAAUUCUGUGAAUUCAGUAUCCUUAGGGAAAAAUGGAGUUGUGGAGCUGCUGUUUAAAAUCAUUGGACCAUUUAGUAAGAAGAAUUCGGGUCUCAUGAAGGUUGCUUUAGACACUCUUGCUGCAUUGCUAAAAUCAAAAACAAACGCCAGGAGAGCUGUAGACAGAGGAUAUGUCCAAGUCCUUUUAACAAUUUAUGUAGAUUGGCACCGCCAUGAUAACCGGCAUAGAAACAUGCUCAUUCGGAAAGGAAUUUUACAGAGUUUAAAAAGUGUUACAAACAUCAAGUUGGGAAGAAAAGCAUUUAUAGAUGCCAAUGGGAUGAAAAUUCUCUAUAACACUUCACAAGAAUGUUUGGCAGUUAGGACCCUUGAUCCUCUUGUCAACACCUCCAGUCUAAUAAUGAGGAAGUGUUUUCCUAAAAAUCGCCUGCCACUCCCAACGAUUAAAAGUUCUUUCCAUUUCCAGUUGCCGGUUAUUCCUGUGACUGGGCCUGUGGCCCAGCUCUACAGUUUACCCCCUGAAGUGGACGACGUAGUGGAUGAAAGUGAUGACAACGAUGACCUUGACUUAGAAGCCGAAAAUGAAACUGAAAAUGAAGAUGACGUAGAUCAGAAUUUUAAGAAUGAUGAUAUUGAAACAGAUAUUAACAAGCUAAAACCCCAGCAGGAACCAGGACGAACGAUAGAAGAACUCCAAAUGUAUGAACACCUUUUCCCUGAGCUUGUUGAUGAUUUUCAGGACUAUGAUUUAAUCUCCAAAGAACCAAAGCCUUUUGUAUUUGAGGGGAAAGUACGCGGCCCUAUUGUUGUUCCUACAGCUGGAGAGGAAGCAUCUGGAAAUUCAGGCAAUUUAAGAAAAGGAGUUGUAAGGAAGGUGCAUGUGUCUCCUAAAGGAGAUGAAGGUGAUAAGAAACCUACCUGUAUGGAUCUGGCAAAAGAAGAUAUGAAAGAUAAUGGCAGAACAUCACAACAGCAGCCGGGUGAUCAAAAUAGAACUAUUUCUUCCACCCAGGGCCUAAACAACGAUAUUGUGAAGGCAUUGGACCGAAUUACGUUGCAGAAUCUUCCUUCUCAGACAGGCCCGGGUUUUACCGCAGGAGGGAAGAAGGACUACAGUCUCCCUCUCACUGUCCUUACGUGCGCUAAAGCUUGUCCACACAUGGCUGCUUGCGGAAAUGUUCUGUUUGAGGGAAGAACAGUUCAGCUAGGGAAGCUUUGUUGUACUGGAGUUGAAACUGAGGAUGAUGAAGAUACAGAGUCUACUUCAUCAGUGGAACAGACAUCAGUGGAAGUCUCAGAUGGACCCACACUCCACGACUCAGAUCUCUAUAUUGAGAUUGUGAAAAAUACAAAGUCUGUCCCAGAAUAUUCAGAGGUGGCUUAUCCUGAUUAUUUUGGUCACAUUCCACCUCCAUUCAAAGAGCCUAUCUUAGAAAGACCUUACGGUGUACAAAGGACAAAAAUUGCCCAAGAUAUUGAGAGGUUAAUACAUCAGAGUGAUAUCAUAGAUCGAGUGGUAUAUGACUUGGAUAACCCAAAUUACACUAUUCCAGAAGAAGGAGAUAUUUUGAAGUUUAACUCCAAAUUUGAAUCUGGGAAUCUGCGCAAAGUAAUUCAAAUUAGAAAAAAUGAAUAUGAUCUUAUUCUGAACUCAGAUAUAAAUAGCAAUCAUUAUCAUCAGUGGUUUUACUUUGAAGUCAGUGGAAUGCGACCAGGUGUUGCUUACAGGUUUAACAUCAUUAACUGUGAAAAGUCCAACAGUCAAUUUAAUUAUGGUAUGCAACCACUCAUGUAUUCGGUUCAGGAAGCAUUAAAUGCCAGACCAUGGUGGAUUCGUGUGGGAACUGACAUUUGUUAUUACAAAAAUCACUUCUCAAGAAGUUCAGUUGCUGCAGGUGGGCAAAAGGGAAAAUCCUACUAUACAAUUACAUUCACUGUCAAUUUUCCACAUAAAGAUGAUGUUUGCUACUUUGCUUAUCACUAUCCAUACACAUAUUCAACUUUACAGAUGCACCUUCAAAAAUUGGAAUCAGCACACAAUCCUCAGCAAAUCUAUUUUCGAAAAGAUGUGUUAUGUGAAACCCUGUCUGGAAACACCUGUCCCUUGGUGACUAUAACAGCAAUGCCAGAGUCUAAUUAUUAUGAACAUAUCUGUCAAUUCAGAAAUCGCCCUUACGUUUUCUUGUCUGCUCGGGUCCAUCCUGGAGAAACUAACGCAAGUUGGGUAAUGAAAGGAACAUUGGAGUAUCUCAUGAGUAAUAACCCUACUGCUCAGAGCUUACGAGAAUCCUAUAUUUUUAAAAUUGUCCCUAUGCUAAAUCCAGAUGGUGUCAUCAAUGGAAAUCACCGCUGUUCUUUAAGUGGAGAGGAUCUGAAUAGACAGUGGCAAAGUCCAAAUCCAGAUUUACAUCCUACAAUUUACCACGCUAAGGGGCUGCUACAAUACCUGGCCGCUGUGAAGCAUUUACCACUGGUUUAUUGUGAUUAUCAUGGCCACUCCCGAAAGAAGAAUGUAUUUAUGUAUGGCUGCAGCAUCAAAGAGACAGUAUGGCAUACCAGUGAUAAUGCAGCUUCAUGUGAUGUCGUGGAAGAUGUAGGAUACAGGACCUUGCCUAAGAUACUGAGCCAUAUUGCUCCAGCAUUUUGCAUGAGCAGCUGUAGCUUUGUAGUGGAAAAAUCUAAAGAAUCCACGGCACGUGUUGUGGUUUGGAGGGAGAUAGGCGUACAAAGAAGCUAUACCAUGGAAAGUACUUUGUGUGGCUGUGAUCAGGGAAAAUACAAGGGUCUACAGAUUGGUACUCGAGAAUUGGAAGAGAUGGGAGCAAAAUUUUGUGUUGGUCUGCUGCGUUUGAAAAGACUGACAUCUCCAUUGGAAUAUAAUCUGCCUUCCAGCCUGCUUGACUUUGAAAAUGACUUGAUUGACUCGAACUGCAAAGUAACGAGGAAACUUGGCAGCUCUGAACUCCAAUUUUUGCCACCAAUCCUUUGAAAUUGCUGAAAGCUCUGAUGACUUCUCUGCCUCUUAGCAGCUGCCCUUGCCUGGCCUUGGUUCCCUCUGGACUUUGCCCCACGCACCUUUUCUCUUGGUUGAUUUUGCUUUGUAUCCUUUCACUGUAAUAAGUCAUAGCUGUUAAUACAACUGCGUGUUGAAUCCUGUAAAUCUUGCUAGCAUGUCACCAAACCUGGGGUGGCCUUGGGACCCUCAAUGCACAUGCCCAUUUUGAGUUUCCGGUUAAGUUCAAUUAUUAUCUCUGAGAUUUUCAUGUUCUAUUGAGAAUGAACAGAGACAGAUGAUAAUGUAACCCUUUUUCAUAUGUGUGUAAACCCAGACUCAGAGAUGAACUGACCCAAGAUCAUCCAUGUGGUAAUUCUUCACAAAACCAGGAAUCGUGCCCACGUCUAACCCAGAAUUCCCCUGUACUUUCGUUGUAUCUUGUAUCUUCCAAGGAACUAAGCAGAAUUGCUAAAAAGGAAUGGCUUCAGCCUUUGAAGCUGUCCGAAUUAUUGGGAAGCUUAACUGUUUACCACUUUUCAUUACGUAUAAGAAAUGUUUCUAGAUCAAUAGUAAAGUAAGUUGGAGGUUAGUGACUUCAUUACUAUUUUUUUGAAGGCAGCUUAGUUAUAUAUUAUUUUCCAAUGAAGUAUCAGUAAAUUAACAACUUUCUUUACUUUUUUUUCCCCCCAAAUAGAUAUCCUUUUAUUAGAAAUUCUAACUCUGUGUGUGGGUAUGCACGUGUGCAGGAAUGUGCAAAUACUUAUGUAUACACUGUGGUCAGUUAAGACCGACAAAAAUUGUUACUUGUAUUUUCUAUGGAUAAUUUUGUUUGCUUUGUGAUAUUUAGUAGAUGCCGAAUCUCUUAUGAGCUAAGAAUCAAAUUAUAUAAAUGGAACAUUCUCUAAUAUUUAGGCAGAUAGAGAUUUUUCUUUCACCUGAGACCUGAUAUUUGAAUACAAGAAAGACAUAAUCGGCAAGUCACAAAUUGGUAAUUUGGACAAUGGAAUAUUUUUCUGUUUGUGUAUCAGUUUCAGACUUUCUCCCCUAGGAUAUGUUCAUUGUGCUGUCUAAAAACAGUAGGUUAGUCUCAAAACUGUUGAAGAGGACAAGGUUAAGGUAGGAUUCUGAGUCACAAAAGUAAGGCAGUGGUUUUAGUCAGUGGCUUGGCGGCAGCCCAUCGCCUGGGCUCUGUAGGAAUUACCAAAAUUGAUUAACUUUUUUUUAACAGAUUUUAUUAAUUUCAUAAUAACAUUUUGUAUUUGUCUAACCUAAGAAUUUAUAAAUGCUUUCCCACUUUACUACAACAAUUUGCGAGGUAGUGGGUCUGAUAUUGUGAUCUCUGCUUGUACAGUAGAGAAAAACCGGUGUUGGAAACCAAGGACAUGACUUGCUCAAGGUCAUGCAGCUGGUUAGUAGAAGAGGAGAGGCACAGACCCAGAAUUUCUGACUCCAUAAACAGUGUUUUGCUUCUUUCAUGCUUGUAUAGGGAACAGAGCUGAAGAUCUGCCUUCUGGUGUCUCAGAUGUCAAGUCAGCUCUCAUGCAAGUAGUUGGGCACACACUGAGGGGGAUGGUGAAUUUCUUAGGUUUAAUUUUGUGUAUGCUUAAUAGUUUAACACAAGGAUAGCCAGAACACUUUCUAAAUCUGAAUAAAGCAGAAUUUUUUGUUAUCUUUAGAAAUCAGUUGGAAUUUUAAACCUUUUCUGCAUCUCAAUGACACCCUACAGCAGAGAAUUUCAACAGAUUCAUCCUGUGAGAAAGUCAUAUGGGUGAAGAUUUUGGUAUUUUUCCUGAAGCGGCAUGAGGAAGAUUUGGUUUGGGACUAAAAAUGCUAUUCUCUUUUAGAAUCAAAUGUUUCUUAUUGAUUAAAAUCCAGAGUAGAAGGAUGUUAGGGUAGGUGAACAGAGGCCAGUUAUUGGAGAAUGAAGCAGAAACAGGCAACGGGAGUCAACUUAAAUGAAGAAAAUUAGGGGAACAAGAAAGUCGUGGUGGGAAAAAAGUAAUAGUGACAGGAAAUAAUUAAGUGCUGAUUAGAGUUUCUUUUUGUGAUUGAAUUAUUACUUGAAUUCCUUUCUGUUGAUGUCAAGGGAUUAUUUAUUUUAUAACUCUAGGGCAAAUUACCUUCAAGUCUUUCUCUUCUUAUCUGAAGGCAAUUGUGAGAUAAUGUAUAGGAAAGCCCUUCCUAAAUCAUGAAUUGUUCAAAACAUAUGUUGGAAUUAUUAAUAAAAGCAAAGCUGAAUUGCUGUGAUUGGUCUUGAGCCUUAAGUUUUUUUACUAAAGUAUAAUCAGUGAGAUGGGGUAAUAUAAAAAUCGAUGGUCUCAUUGGCUCCGUGGCUUCUUAUAAAGAGUUCAGCAAACAUUUGUUUAGGGCCUACAAUGUAUCAAGCACUUUUGGGAGCUGACAGGAGGCACUAAGAUGAGUAAGUCACAGUUGCUGACCUUAAAGUGCUUAGGAGACAGACCCACAAGUCAGUGGUUUCACCUGCAUACCAGAAGUGAUCGGACAGAAUGUGCAGGGUACAAAGGGAAUACAGAGAAAGGGCACUUAUCCCAAGGUGGGCUUUCAUAAAGGAAGAACAUCUAAAGAUGAGCCUGAGCUGCAGUUUGAAAGAAAUGUGAGUCCUUGGGAGAAAGAAGGUGGGAAGUAUGUCCUAAACAGAGGAAGGAAUGUCCGUGAAGGUUUGUCAUGUAAAUGUGAGGCAAGAAGUGGUUCAGAGAUUGACUGGCAGGACUUGCUUGCUGAGAAGUGUGGUUUUACGACUCACCCAGUGGAUGAUUUGGGGACUAGGACAAGUGGCACAGGCUUGGUAGGGAGACUGGUGAGUUCCAUUGUGAACAUACACUUGAGGUACAUGUGAGAUAGCCAUGCCUGGUAUGCACAGUGCAAGUUCAGGGGUGAAGUCAGGGCUAGAAAUUUGGAUGUGGAAAUGAUCGGAAUGCAAAUUAAAAUGUGUGAGUUUACUCAAAGAGGGCAUGCUUAUGAGAACAGUUGGCCAAGAGAGCAUUUUUAUACGGAGGAUGAAGAGCACUUGAUCAGCAGGGAGGAGGGACAGAGGGGAAUGAAGCACGACAGAGGAGAGGAGUGUUGGCAUUCCUACCAUUUAAGUGCAACAGAGAGAUCUAGAACAAUGGGCUGGAGAGUGACAACUGGAAUACCAGUCGGAAGGCUGCUCUCGGGAGUGACAGGUUGUCAUCUCCUCCUGUUCCCUUCGUCUCGAGAUUCCCCCAGUUCUUUAACCCCUAAGCCUACUCCUUGCUCAUCAAGAGCACUGAUAGCCCUUCACCACUGCUGGAUGGACUCUAUAUUUCAGCCAGAGUGUAGACCUUAACGAAGCAGAGGCCAGGAACAUGACUUUGUUAGGACCUGCAGAAACAGGCAUCAAAGUUUGAGUUACAGGAAUGGAAUUAGAGUGUGAAACCCACCCGCUCCGGGGUAUCGGGAUGGGGGAUGCCAGAACACGGAUGAAAUUUAUGUCACAGUUAGCAUAUGAAGGAGCCAAGACCAGCAAUUAACAGGCUCACAUUAUUUUCUGAACAUUCCUUAUUACGGGAUUUAUUUGAAAUUUCCAGGAGCUUUGUUUUCCAGGUUAUGCUUUUCAGCCUUAAAAAAGUGCUAAUCAGCAUCUGAUUGCUCCAAGUCUCCUUGAUGUCUAGGAGCUUUUUUUGGCUUGAUCUUAGGCAUUUUUGUUACUUCAAAAUCAUACUUCCUCUGUUUCCUCAGCUUGUAAGAGUAGACUUUUCCUUUAAACCCUUUCUCUUAGUUCAGAUUGAUUAAUAUUCUAGUGUUCAGCUACCCAUGUAGAAUUAGGUCCUUGCUCUGACCUUAGUGUAGUGGCUGGGCUUCCUGUAACCAGCUUCCUUUAUGCCAGUCUGUUUUCCUUGGUGACGGUAUGGGGGUUCAGGGGUGCAUCGGAAUUCUGUGUUCCAUAGACUUCCUGAACGAUGCUUGCCCACCCACCCACUGCAUGGAUUUUGUGCUCUUCCUAGACAUUGGGAAACCCUGCAAUGCUGCAGGUAACUACACUGCUCUGGUCACAGUGCCUCAUCACCAUGGAGCCAGCCUCUACAGUCCUGGUUGGUGUUCUCAGCCCCUGUACCAGCAGAGUACAUGGCUUUUGAGCAAACCUGCCUCCUCCCUUGCAUUUCCAUGGUCGUUUCUUCUUGUUAGGACAGUCUCCAGGAGGAAAGUAAGCAGGUUUCUCUCCUCACUUCUUUCCUGCAUCCUUUGCUUUAGCUGAAGCCUCCAUCUUUUCUAAGUGUCUUCCAUGGAUGCUGUGAUUCACCUGGGACACCCUGAGAAUGUGAAUCACCAAACUCAGGGAGGAAUGAAUUAUUGUUUUUCAAAAGAAAGAAAGAGAAUAAUGGUCGUUUGAAGGGGCAAAUAUUUUUUUGCCUUUUAAUCGAACACUUUUUCUAAAGACCUAACAGUUUCAUGAUAAAUAUUUUAGUUGCAUAAUUGAAUGCGGUGAAAUAGUUCUUGUGCGUGAUAGGUUGUAAAGUCUCACAUUGUCCUUCGGGCCACUCAGCUGGCUUAUCAGGACUGCUGCAUCAUAGUGCAAGUUCUGAACUUUUUAAGAAGUUUGCUAUAUAAGAUCAAGGUGGUUUUGCAAUCUAUUUUUAAUGAGCAGGAGAAAAACAACUUUAGGAAAAAAGAUAAUCUUACCAGAUGAGUUUUGCUUUCUCAUUUCAGAAAAUGAGAACCACAUAAUCCAUUAACUUGUCUUUCCUGCCUGAACUUCUAGAUAUCUGAACCGAAUUUAAUAUUCAGUGCAGGACUUCUUUCAUGCGAGCUGCCUAAUGACAUUUGCUUCUCUGUUCAUU